AAGAAUGCCGGCUUUGACGUCCUCUAUCACAACAUGAAGCACGGCCAACUGGCAACCAAGGAACUUGCCGAGUUUGUUCGUGAGAGAGCUGCUAUCGAGGAGACCUACUCCAAAUCCAUGGGCAAACUGGCUAAGAUGGCCAGCAAUGGAAGCCCACAAGGAACGUUUGCACCAAUGUGGGAUGUGUUCAGGGUGUCUUCUGACAAACUGGCUCUUUGCCAUCUUGAGCUCAUGAGAAAAAUGAAUGAUCUCAUUCGGGACAUCAACAAGUACGCCGAAGAGCAGGUCAAAACACACCGCAAGACAAAAGAGGACAUGGUCGGGACGGUAGAAGCAGUGCAGGCACUGCAAGUGCAGAGCGGUCACCUUCAGAAGUCCAAAGAGGGUUACCAUGCCAAAUGUUUGGAGCUGGAGCGGCUCAGGAAGGAGGGAGCUCCACAGAAGGAGCAGGAAAAAGCUGAGCUUAAGUCCAAGAAAGCAGCAGAAUCAUUUGCACUGUGUAUCGAGAAGCACAAUCGAGUGGGAGGAGAGUUUGAACAGAAGAUGAAUGAGUCUGCUCAGAAGUUUCAGGAAAUUGAGGAGGCUCAUUUGCGACAGAUGAAACAGUUAAUUAAAAGUUAUUCCCAUUCCAUAGAAGACACCCAUGUGCAAGUUGGCCAGGUGCACGAGGAAUUAAAGCAAAAUGUAGAAAACAUUGCUAUCAGUAACCUCAUCCAGAAAUUUGCAGAGCUGAAGGGCACUGGCAAGGAGAGACCAGCCUUAGUUGGUUUUGAGGAGUACAUGACAGCUCUUGCACCUGAGGCCGGGAAGAAGAGUCGUGCAAAAGCUUUCAGGAUCCCCGGCCUGGGCAAGAGGGACAAGGAGCCAGACUCCACGGAUUCAGCGGUGACAGAAUUACCGAAUUCACCCUUUGACGUCGACGAUGAAGGGUUUGUCAUCCGAGCUGACAGCACUCAGAAUGGCUGCUCUAAAGAGAAGAACUUCUACUCCAGUGACUCAGACUUUGACGAUGAGGAGCCCAAGAAGUUUCAAAUCCAAAUCAGACCGGUGGCCAAUAGCAGUCGCAGCAGCACUGCUGCUUGUGAGAAGGAGCUGAAAGCCACUGUGGGGACUCUCACCCUCCCACCCAACAGAGGGGCAAAUGUCAAAAGACAUCUUUCCAGAAACUCAAGCACAUCUGGACGUACGGAUGAUGAAGGCACCUCCCCCAGAGAUGGUGACCACGAGAGCCUUCGCAGGUCGACUUCCAGUCCUGAUCACAGCAGGUUGAGUUCUACAGCAUCGGGCCCAGACAGUCUGUUUGGACCUCCUCUUGAAACAGCCUUCAAAUUCAAAAGCUUUAGUGGUCGGGAAAAACUUCAAGAACAAAGUUCUUUUGGUGCCUCUGAAUAUGCUGCCUUUUCAUCAGACUCUUCCUCGCCAGAGAACAUUGAGGACUCUGGUCUAGACUCACCAUCCCUUCAGACACACGGGCCAUCUCCUGAGCCGGUGGGAUGGGCAGCGUGGCCUCCUGUUUCACAAAGCAAAGAGCAAACACAAACACGAGGGCGACCUGCUGACCCUUUCCUCUCAGUGUUCAAUGACCCCUCCCCAGCUCAAAGUCCUCAUCCCCAAGAUGACCCCAUGACCGCUUGGUCCGUCGGUCCACCUCGCGCCGCUAGACUCCCCUCAGAUAUGGACUCUUCUUCCACGCGCUUCCCUGCCUUCCAGCAGUCUUUCCCCUCUUCAGAUAUGGAAUCAAUGGUAUGGAACUGCAGACAUCCCUCUGAGGAUCCCUUCUUUGCUGCUUUUGACAGGAACGUCACCCAGGAGUGUGACGCCUGGCCACGCCAGCCUCAACGUCUAAACCAGGAAGGAAAAGGGACUGAAGUGCGAGGGGACCCUUUCGCUGACACCAAGACUCUCCCACCCCCUUCUUCCUCAUCUUCAUCCAUUGUGUCGAAUCGUAAGAACAGAGAAAGGAAGCGAGACCGAAGCCUACCUCCUCCUGGUUCUUCCGAUGACCCAUUUGCAAUCACAAUGAUUGGCAGCCCCACUCACCAAUCAUCAUUGGCUGCAACAGGUGGAAUUAUUCCACGUAGCAGUAGUAGCAGCACCAACAGCAAUAAACUUGAGUUUGAUACCGGCCAAGGAUCUUUUGUCCAAUCCCAGCCAAAGAAGGAACUUAUGCAUUGGAAUUCUGUGCAUAACCCAUUUAGUGAAGGGUCCUCUGGACAGGCGGGACAGCCAAGUAGUUCUAAACUAAGUGAAGGAGGAGUUGGAAAGGGAGAUUCCGCAGCAGAGAGGAGAAAACAUCGAUCAUCAGAGAGCGAACCUCGCCGAAACGCUCCUCCCCUUACGAGACAUUCUGGCCCACAGGAGGAUCUUUGUUUCUCCACUGACAAAGAUCAAGACUGUCUAGACAUCAGCACCCCGCUAGCUGGCAAUGUCAUCUCUCACAAGGGUACCAAACACAACUUCCGGCAUGAAUCAGCUCAAGUGGUCACAGCGGCUCUGUCCAGGGCUAACAAGACCAAGAAGGCCUCAGGUCGACUCAGCGGCAAUGACCGAUCACGGUCUCUGUGCUCUUCACCAUUGCCGGAGCCCAGCCCCUCCCUCACCUCCUCAUCUUCCUCCAGUCCCAGUGAGUGGGGGACUCAAACCAGGGACAUUGAAUGGGUGGGGCAGAACCGAGCCCCCAGCCCCUCCAGGGUGGGACAAGCCUCGCCUUUGCCCUACCCGCUCCAGGACCACCCACCAAGACAACUACACCUAUCCCGAGGACCCAGUCCUAUUUCAAACCUCAGCACCCAGGAGGCUUGGCCUGUGGCAACAGCCAUCACGGAGUACAUCAACGCUUACUUCAAGGGCGGACAACAAAAUCAGUGUCUCGUGAAGAUCACAGGCGAUCUGACCAUGUCCUUCCCAGCCGGCAUUACCCGCAUUUUCACAGCAAACCCCAACGUACCUGUGCUUAGUUUCCGCUUGGUCAACAUUUCCAGAAUUGACCAUUUUUUACCUAAUCAGAAGCUACUUUUCAGUGAUCCAUCUCAGAGUGACCCAGAUGCACGAGACUUCUGGUUCAACAUGCAGGCCCUGCAGCUUUACUUGCAGCGGGAAUCUGAACUCAACCCACAGGCUUCCUACUACAACAUUGGAUUGAUCAAGUAUCAGGUGUCUUCUCAAGAUCCGGCCCGGGCUCCUCUCCUGCUCUCGGCAGAGUGCCAACGUAGCGGCACAGUGACCCGAGUGUCCCUGGACUACCACUGCUGUCCCGUCACCGCGCCGUCCACCCAGCUGAAUGCUGUCCAAGUGCUACUGCAGUUGGACCACACCGCCGCUGACCUGCAGUGUCAGCCGCCUGCCUCGUGGAAUGCCGAGGAAAGACGUCUGCUGUGGAAGCUCGCCAACCUCUCGCCCACCAACCACAGCAAAGGCUCAGGGACCCUAUGUGCAAGCUGGCAGUGUUUGGAGGUCCCCCGUGGGCCUCCGCCCAACCUCGCCGUUCAGUUUGUGGGCUCCGGGGCGUCUCUGUCAGGCAUGGACGUGGAACUGGUGGGCAGCCGCUACCGCAUGUCACUGGUUAAGAAGAGAUUCGCCACAGGAAAGUACAUGGCAGGCUGCACCUUGUGA